GAUAGAUCACUAGAGCUUUCUUCACUUCGGCUCUUCGCCCGCUCAACGAUGGGUAGUAAACAGUCCGAGUCUGCAUUGCCCAGGACACCGUCGAAAGGGAAGGAGAAACAAACAGAGCCAGAAACGCAGAUCACCGCCACGCCGGCUAGAGGCAGUCCUUACCAUGUACUUCAGACGGCCACUCGCCCUGGUAACAACAUACUCUCGGACGAUCACCAGCAUUACAUUCAGGGCGCAUACAAAGACUACACUCACUGGGACGUUGAUGUCGAGGACUUUGUUCGUGCGGUAUUCGGCUGCCAGUGGACCGACAUUGAGGCCUUGCGGGAGCCCUAUCGUGACCCAUCGAACACGAAGGAUAUCCCCCCCGAGAAGUACUUUAUAUCCAAGGUCGAACUCAAGAAAUACUGGGAGGGUAACGAGAGGAAUGGUUAUGAGCCGUUCGCUCGCGCAGGGGACGCGCUUCUGGAGGAGCUAUAUGGCCCGCAUUCGACCGGCAAAGCUCCCGACGAGAGCCUUGUGGCUAGACGUCAAGCCCUCCAGCGGCGAUGGGCCAACAACUCUUCGCGCAACGGUCAAGUUAUGCGCCCCUGGCCAGCAAGGUUCGAGAUCCGGGAUGUCAAGGCGGUGGGCAACUUCGGUAUUGAUGAAAAGCCGGACCUUGCGUACAGCACGACGGCCGGCAGACCCUUCUGGGAGUGGGAGCUGGUUUCGAUGGAGUUCAAAAUGGAAGGGAAGACGGGUGCGAAACGCAAGGAAAUCAUAGAUUCUCUGAGCGAUAUACUGCUUCGCUGGGACGAGAAACAGAAGACGUUUGUUGUGGAGGCAAAGGGGAAAUCGUCCAAAGCCGCUCGCGACGAUGAUGCAGAUUACGUUCCUGGGAAGCAGCCCAAGCAGACGAAGAAGAAAGGCCAGUCGUCGACAUCGUCGAGCAGCAAGCGAAAGCGAGAAGCCGAAGAGGCUCUGAAUACCAAGAGCAAGCGCAGCAAGAACCAGCCCGACUCGGAGUCGCCUUCUGCUGCCUCUGAAGGGUCAAAGAUAAUCGGCAAACAGGCGCAGGUGGUGAAAUACAUGAAUCAGGUGAUGUCCCACAACGUACGCUCGUAUACGAUCGCAUGGCUGGUCGACUCCGGCACGCUGAGGCUCGUCUAUGGCGACCGAAUGGGAAUCAUCUUCACGAAGCCGAUCGAUUUUCUGGACAAGGACGCGAGCUUGCUCUUGCUGAUUCUCGCCGCCAUGGGGACCGCCGAUGUGCACGACCUGGGGAUUCACCCGUGCGUCCACUACCCGAAGGAUGCGCACGGGCACGACCAGUUCUGUCUGGACAACGGGUAUCGAGGCUCGAAGCUUCGACUUGCCGUCGAACUUGACGAGGGGACCGCCGUCGAUGUCGAGUUCAAUCUCGAUGUCAGCGAGAGCAACAUGAGGGACAUGCACCGGGCGAAGAAGGAGAAGAAGAAGACUGCAACGAGCGGUGCGCAGCGAGCGAGCCGGGGAGCCUCGGAGACGGUGGAGGGAGCACUGGAAGACUCGGAGUCGAGCCAACGCCGCACGAUCUACACCGAGUUUGGCAUGAUCGGACGAGGGACGACGGUCAUUCCCGUGGUUGCGGCGCCCGGCACGAAGACGGAAGAGCUGUUCGGAUCGGAGGCUCUUGUUGCCAAAGUGGCCUGGCCGCACGCUGUCCGGAAGGCGGAGGACGCGAUGAUCAAGGCCGUUCGCAGACGUCUGGCGGAGAGCAAGCCGAACUACUUGAAGCACAUCGUGGACCUCAAGUGUUCGAUGACGAAGAGCGGAGACUCGGAAGAGAUGCACCUCCCUCGUUUCAAGUUGGGCGUUGUUCCCGGGGCAGAUGAGCUACGAGUCUGCCGCAUUCUGGUCCUCAAGGAGUACGAGCCCCUGGAGACCAUCGGAUCCGGAGAUAACUUCCGCAUCGUGUUCUUUGAUGUCGUUCGUGCUCAUCACUGGGUGUACGAGACGUCGAAGAUCCUGCAUCGUGAUAUAAGCCUCAACAACAUCAUGUGGUAUCGACUGCCAGACGGGCGGAUCAUCGGUGUUCUUUGCGACUGGGACCUUGCGGAAGACCAGAAGUCGUUCUUCUACGGCUAUAUCUACUUUGCUGCGGCAUACAACCCAGACGAGCAGGCCUUCGGCUACAUCAAGGAUUGGCAGUGUGCUUCCCUCGUCGCCAUCGGGGACAACAAACGGAGGUUUCUGGAAGAAGAAUCAAUUCGUCGCAACGUAAUGAAAACCGCCCACGAUACUCUGAAGCCGCUGCUGGCCAAAGGCACUCCGCUGAUGAACCUUUUGUAUCAAUUCGGCGACAUCGAAACUGAUAGGGCCAUCAUCACGAAUGUUGUCAAUAACCCCAGGAUGACGCUGGAGCGUAAGCGGGCGAAGAUUGAGUCGCUGGAGAAGGAGAGGGAGGAAAAGAUGUCCUUCAGCAUAUUCAUGGAGAUACUGGGGGUUCCCGAGGAGGAGAGUGUGUGA